GCACACAUGCGUCAGAAGGAGCAGUGGUAGCGUCUCGACUCCCUUUCUCAACUGCAUUCGUCUACCAAUCAGAGAAACGACAGGAGCAACGGACCAUUUCUUUUUCUUACCGUUUUCGUGUGCAAAAGUGCGUUCCAUGUUUUGGCAUGAUCUUCAUCCCCAUCAUCAACAUCAACGCCGGAAAGCAAAAAAAAAAACACCAAGAGACGCGCUGACAUCGUCACCGAGAUGUGCUGUGGACUUCCUAUCAUUUCUUCCCCUGCUGUUCAAAUUCCAUGGCCGGUAAAACCUGCAUUUUUCACUGCUCUUGUUACCACUGAGCCCGGGAAGCCAGAUUUGGUCCACAGCUAAAUCACAAGUUCCUGUUCUUGGCUCCCCCUCCAUCAUUAUUCUCCACUCUGCUGUCAAUCACCAUGGCGUGCUUCCUGGCAUCCGCCUUUCUUUUCAUUCUCCAAACGUUUGCUGCCCCACCUCAGGCAAGCAUUAGCUUAAACGGAAUAAAUCUUAACGAUGAAGAUGUGACCCUGUCUCCUCCACCAGGAACUAGCAAAAGACCCCCACAUAGCAUUAUAAUUGGGGUGCGCAAAGGAGGUACAAGAGCCCUGUUGGAAAUGCUCGACAUCCACCCCGAGGUUGCUGCUGCUGCAACUGAGGUACAUUUCUUUGACUGGGAUGAGAACUAUGCCAAAGGCUUAGAGUGGUACCGUGAGCUGAUGCCUUACUCGUACCCGCACCAGAUAACAGUCGAGAAGACCCCAGGAUACUUCACGUCGACUCUUGCCCCCGAACGCAUCUGCGCAAUGAACUCAUCCAUAAAACUGCUCCUGAUUUUGCGUGACCCAGCUGAGCGAGUCGUCUCAGACUACACUCAAGUGUAUUUCAACCGUCUGGAGAACCACAAACCAGUUCAAGCUAUCGAGAACCUUCUUGUACGAAACGGUGCCCUUAAUACGGGCUACAAGGCCAUUCAGAGGAGCCUGUAUGACAUUCACAUGCGCAACUGGCUGCGUCAUUUCCCUCUGGAACAGAUUCAUAUUGUAGAUGGGGAUUUGCUUAUUCAUGACCCCUUGCCAGAACUCCAAAAAGUCGAGCGGUUCCUCAACUUGCCUCCCAGGAUAGUCGCCUCCAAUUUCUAUUUCAAUCAGACCAAGGGAUUUUACUGCAUUCGAAGUGAUGGUCGAGAGCGAUGUUUGCACGAGUCGAAGGGACGCCCGCACCCUGUGGUCAACAGCACUGUGCUCCAACAACUCCGUUCUUACCUGCAGGAGCACAACAGAACCUUCUUUAGGCUGGUAAAGCGCACCUUCAACUGGCAAUAAUAAACCACCCGCUACAUAAAUCGAACUCAUAGGAGCCAGUCUGCGAGAAGGUCAAAAUGAGGCCCGAAGCACUUUACAGAACUCACAUUCAAAGCCUCUCGGUUUCUAGACUUGUCUUCUCUAGUUCCCGCUGACUUGUUAUUAACUUCUUUUACACAAUAAGGCAAAAUGGAUGAUUCUUCAAGUUUGAAAAUGUUCUCUUUGCCGCGAGCACAUCGCUGAUAAAAUGAACUUGAUGAACCCCCCCGCCCCCCUUUCCUUCUCUGUCUUGUUUGAUAUCCUUGUUCUUGAUAAUAAAUUGCUCUUUUAAAUGUU